AUGACAAUAGCUCCGACCGCUCCCAAAGCAUGGGCUACGCUGUUGACCCAGCCAACCUACCUGGCAGGCGCCCUCGUGCUGCAGCGCACGUUGCAAGCGGUCUCCAAGUACCCCUUGGUGAUCAUGGCGACCGACACCCUCCCCGCGUCCAGUCGAGACGUCAUCCAGCGGUCCGGUAUGCGGAUUAUCGACGUGGACCACAUCUCCCCCGCCGAGGGACAGCACUCGGGCUUCGACACCUCCUUCAACCGCUUCAACGACGCCUGGACCAAGCUCGCCGUGUUUGGCCUGACCGAGUUUGAGCGGGUCAUCCUGAUCGAUUCGGACAUGCUGUUCCUGCGCCCCAUGGAUGAGCUUUUCGAUAUGGAGCUGCCGGGGCCAGACUGGAUAGCUGCUGCGCCGGCGUGCGUUUGCAAUCCAUUCAAAAUCGCUCAUUACCCUGCCGACUGGAUCCCCGCCAACUGCGCCAUCUCAUUACAAUCUCGCACUGAAACGCUCGACCAGCCAGCCAUCCCCAAAAAAGACGGCCCGCGCACCAGCCACCUUCUCAACUCGGGUCUCGUUGUCCUCCAGCCCAUGGCGUCCACCCUCAAAGAGCUCAUUCACUUUCUUCACACCUCCCCUACCAUCGCCGCCUCCCGCUUUGCCGAUCAGGACGUCAUUGCCGAGGCGUUCCACGGCCGCUGGAAGCCACUUCCGUGGUGGACCAACGCGUUGAAACCGCUGCGUGCGGCUCAUCCCGGUGUAUGGGGUGAUACAGACGUCCGGAACAUACAUUACAUUCUUGACAAACCAUGGGACAAGCGGCCGGCCUCCGUACCAGCACUCAUCAACGUCGCCCCGACUUCCGUAUCGUCCGACAAGGUAUUACCACCUGAUCUCAUCAAGCUGGUCGCCAACAGCGCACCACAGGAGUCCAUGACAGAUUACGAAGCGGUGCAUAUGUGGUGGUGGGUGGCGUAUAUUGCGCUGGUUGGGGAGCUCAAGGCUAGUGGGGACGAGGUAGUCUGGAGGGAGAUGGACAAGUAUAUAGGACAGUAA